AGAGUGGAGUGAACCAAACUAUUAUUAUUUCAUUUCUCCAAACCCUGAUAAAAUCACAAUUUUCCCCUAAAUUUUCUUACCAUCCAAACACCCUCUUCCUCUCUCUCUAGGGUUUUAUCUGUAUCCCUCAAAAUCCCACACUUUCUCGCGUUUUCCCGGAAAAUUACGCACUUUCAAAACCUCAUCAUGAGGUGUUAGAAAGCUAUGCCGCCUCAUUGGGACCCGCCAACUGUGUUCGUCCAGAGCUGCCAGAGGAUUUGAAUUGCUCAGCCGGUUCGAAGAUCUCUGUGAUGAACAACGAUAUCGGAUUGGACGGGAAAUCGGAUGCCACUGAAGAGGCCGCGGAAGCUAGAGCUAGGGUUUCGCCAAUGGAGCUCGAUUCGGGGAGUGAGGCUGGCGGAAGAUCUGAGGAGGAUGGGGCUAGGUUUAGUACCGAGAGUGAAGGUGGAAAUGUGGAUAAAGUGAUGGAAUCGAAGGGUUCUGGAAUUCAGGCGGAUAGAACUAGGGUGGAGAUUUCAUUCAAUGAUGAUGAAGAUGAUGUUUUCGACAUUUCGCGGGUCGAAAUUGACGACGAUUCUGAUAAAUCUGAGGCUCACAAUGGUGAGCACCCGUCUUUGUUGUCUGAGUUUGAUGAGUUUGUAGCUAAUGAGAAGAGUGGAAUGGCUCUCGGGACGAAGAGGGCACUGAGCUACGGGUUCGAAGUGGGUGAUAUGGUGUGGGGGAAGGUAAAAUCUCAUCCGUGGUGGCCGGGACACAUAUAUAACGAGGCGUUGGCAACGUCUCAGGUGCGGCGGACACGGAGGGAAGGUCAUGUCUUGGUUGCUUUCUUUGGUGAUAAUAGUUACGGAUGGUUCGACCCGGCUGAACUCAUACCAUUUGAUCCCCACUACGCUGAGAAAUCUCGGCAGACGAAUCACAGGGGUUUUCUGAAGGCCGUGGAGGAGGCUGUUGAUGAGGCGAAUCGUAGGUGUGAACUUGGUCUGGUUUGCAAAUGUAGGAAUGCCUAUAAUUUUCGGAAAACAAGUGUGCAAGGGUACUUUGUUGUUGAUGUGCCGGAUUAUGAGCCAGGAGCAGUGUAUUCGGAGAAUCAGAUAAGGAAGGCGAGGGAUAGUUUUAAGCCGAUUGAGAUGCUGUCUUUUGUAAAGCAGUUGGCUUUGUCACCACACGGUGAUCAUCAGAAGAGCCUCAGCUUUAAUAAGAUCAAGGCUACUGCUUUUUCUUUUCGCAAGGUUGUUUUUGAAGAGUAUGAUGAAACGUACGCUCAGGCAUUUGGUGCACAUCCAGGACGCCCUUCUCGUAGUCUAGUUCCAGCUCCAACUCGAGCUGCUUUGAGUGGUCCUUUGGUGAUUGCUGAAGUUCUGGGAGGGCAGAAGAGUGCCACAAAACCGAUGAAAGUCAAGGACCAUUCAAAGAGAGACAAAUACCUAUUGAAGCGGAGAGAUGAACCUGGGAACUCGAAAACCCAUCAAACUAGCCAGGGCCAAGCUAGUUCCUCAGCCCCAUCUGCCGUCUUGGAGGGGUCAAUAUCAGUAGAAGAUGAGAAUUAUAUGUUACAAAAGAGGGCUCCAGAUGUAUCUGGAAAAGAAGCUGCAAUCAUUGAUCAGGCAACAAAUAGCUCUCUCAUCCCCCAAGAUGUUACUGUUGAUGCAAAGCCAUCUCUUGCAAAGGGAAGGGGGGCUCUGCAGGAAGUGAAAGAGGGAGAGGGAGAUGGAGAUGUAGGUCCUACAGCCACAGGAUAUGUAGAUUUAUUGGGGGAUGGGACCAAGCAACGUACAAUAGAUGGUACAUCACAACCUUUAAAGCAGGAAGGUGAGGGUGUAAUAGAGUUUAAAUAUGAAGAGAGUGAAAAAUUGUCUGGAUCAUAUGAAAAAUUUCAACAACCUUCGAGUUCUUUGAAAAAAGUGGAAGUAGCCUAUGAACGUGGUGUUGGAGAUCCUUUGCCAAUUGAGGCAAAGAGUUUAGGUGGUAAGAAAGCAGCUGGUGGAGUGAAAAAACCGAAGGUUCUUAAACGGACUGCGGAGGACUUGAACAUUGAUGACUCUAUGAUGGGGGAUAAAAAGAAAAAGAAAAGGAAGAAACAGUUAGAUGCGGAAGCUAGCGCCAGAAAUCAACAGAAGCCUCUGACUUCUGGAAAGGUACUGCACUCAGGGAGUAAAGCAGCAGGAAAUGCCAAUCAUGUAGGUUUGGCUGCAAGAGAGGAUACCCAGGUUGAACAUAAGAAAGAUGUCACUUACAGUAAUAACUUGUCUGAAUCUGUUGGAAAAUUACCGUUUUGUGGCUUGGAAAAUGUGCAGCUUGAUAUACCACAACUGGUAAGUGAUUUGCAAGCCCUUGCCCUUGAUCCUUUCCACGGUAUUGAGACAAACAGCCCUGCAAUUGUUCGGCAGUUCUUUCUGCACUUCCGGUCCCUUGUCUACCAGAAAAGUUUGGUUCUGUCACCACCCUCAGAGACUGAACCUGUUGAAGUUCGCUCCUCUAAAUCUUCAUCUGGUGUGAAAGCCUCUGAUAUAUCUCCUACUGAGCAAGUUAGAGAUUUAUCAUCCUCAAAGGCAGCAAAACCCAUGUUCAGAUCCGACGAUCCUACCAUAGCUGGGCGGAAACGUGCUCCAUCUGACCGUCAAGGAGAUAUUGCGGCUAAGAGGUACAAGAAAAUUACUGAUAUAAGAACAUUGGCUGCAGAAAAGAAGGCUAUUCAGAGACCUCCUAUAGACUCCAAGCGUAUAGAGGCAAAAGAAUCAGCAACACCGGUUAUGCGGAAGUCACUCAAGCCAGGUUUUGCAAAGAAAACGGACCCUGCAUCAAAGGCAGUUGAGCCCACAAUGCUGGUGUUGAAAUUCCCUCCCAAUAUCUCUCUCCCAUCACCUGCAGAACUGAAGGCAAAGUUUGCCCGAUUUGGGCCUAUGGACCAGUCCGGUCUCCGUGUCUUUUGGAAGUCCUCGACAUGCCGGGUUGUCUUUCUGUACAAAUCUGAUGCACAAGCAGCAUUUAAGUUUGCUACCGCAAACAGCUCCCUUUUCGGCAACUUUAGUGUGAGGUGUCAAAUUCGAGAAGUGGGUGGUCCUGAAGUUCCAGAGUUAGGCAAGGGUGACAAUCCCAGGGAGACGCCGCGGGCUAAGGAUCCAUCAGUUAUGCAAUCACCAGCAUUGGCAUCGGCACUCAGACAGCAGCAGCAGUAUCAGCAGCAGGCUCAACAGAGUGGAGUGCAGCUGAAGUCGAUUCUGAAGAAGUAUUCAGGCGAGGAGUCAGCAGGAGGGCAGGUAACCGGUGGGAAUGGAAAUAGUAAGGGGACUGCGCGUGUAAAAUUCAUGUUGGGUGGGGAAGAAACUAGUAGGACUACUACUUCUGAUCAAUUCAUGAUGCCUGGUAAUAGAAAUAACAACUUCAACAAGAACAACAGUGCUAGUUUUGUGGACGUCGACGGUGCACCGUCUUCUACUACUUCCACUGCUAUGGAUUUUAAUACAACUAGGAACUUUCAAAAGGUCAAUCCUCCUCCAACUUUUUCAUCACCACUGCCUCCUCUCCUCCCUAAUCCUCCCGGCCCACCUCCACAAUAUGCCAAACCCCCACCCCAUAGCAAUUUUCCGCAGCAUUCCGAACUGGCACCACCCAGAAAUACUAGUCACAAUCUUAACGCACCACCCACAAGCACUGUCGAUAUUUCGCAGCAGAUGCUUAGCUUGUUGACUAGGUGCAGCGACGUUGUAUCCAACGUGAAGGGCUUGCUCGGCUAUGUGCCUUACCAUCCUCUCUGAUGAAGCCACCUCGAAAAUUUAUUACGCCAUAAAGCCGCGUCACCAACAAGAUUCGAACGCAGCAUUUCAGGGCUCGAAAGCUUUGCUUGCGUCCGAGUUUUAAAGGACGUGGACGUGGGGCGAAAGUUGUUAAGAGGGAGAGAUGCCAAACCAAAGAGAGUGGUGGACUCGGCGUAAACUUUACAUGUAGUAGUUUUUACAAGUUGGAUACUCUCUUGUACUGAUGAUAUUGAUAGUGCCGUUUUGUUUGCAUUUUUUAAUUUUGUUUGUAUUUUUGUUUGGGUGGGUUUGACUUUUGGCCCGUAGGCUGGAAUACGGCACAACGGGGGAGCUUUGUGUCCGAAUGUCGUAUAAGUCAUUCGGAGACCUUUCCUUUUGGACAUAACUCGUGGUCAACGUUUAUAAUGGGGCGGAGAAAAGAAGGAAAUUGAAGAGGACAUAGUUGAUGGGAUGCCAUUUAUAUUCCAUUGAUGGAAACAAUGAUUGGUAAGGUGGAUUUUAUGUGCUAUGUUGAUGGUUAUGCAAUUUUUUAUCCUACAUUUUGUACAAGCGAUGCAGGAGGAUGGAGAUUCAAAUUUGAGACAUUAAGAGUACGAAAGUGGAUAUUUGUAAUCGAUUGAGUUACAAGCUGCUUGUAUAUAUUUUUUAUUAUUUCUCUU